GAUACAGAUUGUCGCGUAGGAAAAUUUUACGAACUACUUCUAAAUUGUUGACAUUGGAGAAUCGUGAAAUAGAACCAGACUAGUUUUGAUAAAACACAAUUAUAAAUCAAUAUGCCAUCAAAAGCAGAGGACAUAAUGAAAGGAUUCAAACUUAAUUGGAUGAAUUUACGAGAUGCUGACAGUGGUAGAAUAUUAUGGCAGUCCAGUGAUGAUCUGUCAUCUCCAGAUAAAGAUCAUGAAGCUCGUGUACCCAAGAAGAUCUUAAAAUGUAAAACAGUAUCCAGAGAAAUUAAUUUUUCUUCAAAGGAACAGAUGGACAAAUUUAGAUUAGAACAAAAAGUUUACUUCAAAGGCAAAAUUUUAGAAGAAUGGUAUUUUGAAUUUGGCUUUGUAAUUCCUGAUUCCACUAAUACAUGGCAGUCUGUGAUAGAAGCAGCUCCAGAAAGUCAGAUGAUGCCAGCUAAUGUUCUAAAUGGGAAUGUCAUAAUAGAAACCAGUUUUUAUGACGGAGAUUUACUUGUCAGCAAAUCCAAAGUUAGAAUCUUCUAUGUAUGAUGAUAGUAACACAAAGACUCAUAGUCCCAUUCAUAAACUUCACAAAGUGCAGACAAGUAGCUCAUCAAGGGGGAUUAACCUGUACAGCACUUGUAGAACGAUAAAACGUGCAAUUAUUUGUGAUAUUUGUCUGAUGUUGAAUACAUUAUUUUGUCUGCUAAUAUCUGUUACUACUUUGAGGGAUAUUUUUUUCUAAUCUUAGAAAUAUAUAUAGCAAUUCAUUUGGGAAGGGGUGUAUUGAGGGGGGAUAUGACCUUUAUCAGGACUCCUGGAUCUGGUGUUUUUAGCUCGUGAUUUCAGGAUUGACCCUUUCAGGAUACGGGAAUUUCUUUAUUCAAAUUUCAGGACCUCAGGAUUUCGUUUUUUUAAGCCUGGGAUUUCGGGAUUUCGUUAUUUUAAUCCCCUGAUUUUGGGAUCAGGACCCAUCCCCCCUCUUUAUUCACACAGAAUUUCUUUUUUCCAGAUUUUAAUAAAAAUAUUCAUAAUAAUUAGCAAUAAUGUGUGGAAAAGAUAAAUUAAUAUAUAUUUUUUUGGUAGUUCUGUCAAUAUGAACUAAUGUUUCAAUAUGCUACAACAGUUCUACGAUUGUUUUCACUCUGUGUAUAGUUUUAUUGGCCUUCUAUUGCAUUGCUUGCUGUAAACUUUUGUGCUUUCCUGAUCACUAGCCGUUUCUGUAAAUUAGCAAGGAAUUCAUUAUACUUAUGCAAUUUUGAAUUAAUAAACAAUAAACUUGUAUUAUUAACCUAAAUAUGAUGGAUUGCACAAUUCUAAAAAUGUUUUUCUUUAAAUCGAUAUAUGUCAAUCAAAAAAACAAUAAUUUAUAUUUAUUUGAAUAAAAUGUUGUUUAAAUGACAUUGGAGAACAUUUUCCCCUUGCAUUAUGUGCAUAAUUAUCAAAGGGAAAUAAUCACAAUAGAUAGUUGUAUCUGUCUCAUUCUACAAAAGAUAUUCACAGUACUUCAGGGAAUUAGGCAAAUAUAUAUGUGUAGAUACACUUCCAUGUUGUCAGGGCAUAUU